UAAUGCAGAACAUGACCAGGAGAUGUCACUGUAGUGCUCAUAAAGCAGAUUAUGUCUUCCUGAUCUCCUUGAGGGUUCCUCGUGUGACUCCUCCAUGUUGCUCCUCUCAUUGACCGCCUGGGUCUCUCUCUGAAGAUCCCAGAAUGGACCCAAGGUUCCUUAUUGCUUAACACAAGAGCAUUACAGCCAUUGAGAAGAUGAGACUUCGCCGCAGUGUUCUGCUCUCUGGCGCCUCCCUGGCAGUCGGAGUUGCACUUGGUACCGGACUGACAAGCUGGAAACUAAAGGAUGAGGCUGGUCCUAAAAUCCUUUACCCUCCCAUAGUUCAGGCAGCCUCAGAAGUGUCCCUGCCUCCCCCCUCAGGGAUCACCCGUUUUGGUCUGCCAGGGUUAAGUCAGCUUAAGACUCGCCAAUCCCACGUGCUGAGCUAUGACCCCAGGCUCCGGGGCCCGGUUUGGGUUUUGGAGCAGCUCAAUGGUGACCGGCUACAGGGCGGUGCCAACCGGCAAAACUGUGAUUUCAGAGAAGAUGACUCUGUGCACCCGUAUCACCGGGCUAACAACUCAGACUACCGCGGCAGUGGGUUUGACCGCGGGCAUUUGGCAGCUGCGGCCAAUCACAAGUGGAGCCAAAAGGCAAUGGAUGAGACGUUCAUACUGAGCAAUGUUUACCCUCAGAAUCCGAAUCUUAAUCAGAAUGCCUGGAAUAACCUGGAGAAAUACUGCCGCGGGCUAACCAAGAGUAACAAGAACGUGUAUGUGUGCACCGGUCCCCUCUUCUUACCAAAAUUGGAAGCCGAUGGGAAGAUGUACGUGAAAUACCAAGUCAUCGGUGCAAACCAUGUCGCCGUCCCCACACACUUUUUCAAGGUGGUGGUCCUGGAGAAGUACAAUGGAGAAAUAGAACUGCGACCCUAUGUGAUGCCAAAUUGCCCCGUAGAUGACAAAAUUCCCUUGGAUCGCUUCCUGGUCCCGAUAGAGAGUAUUGAGCGAGCCUCAGGUCUACUUUUUGUUCCCAAUAUAUUAAAGAGCUCAAGCAACUUGAAGGCCAUCACAGCAGGAGGAAAGUAAAUGUGUGUUGGUAAAUGCAGGGUGGUCCGACCUCAUGUACACGCGCUAGAGACAUCUAUGGACGGUAACAGAUUGUAUUUUCAUUGAACCAGUAAAAAUCCAGCAGAGGAAUAAAAAUACAAUAAAAAAAAUAUUUAAUUUAAGAGUUGGUUUGGUCACGUGUUGGUGCAGUCCACAGUACAAUGUCCACACAAUGAACGGCGAGUUCUUCUUU